GAGAAGGUAAGCAGCAGAGAGAGAGAGCGCUUCGGAGAAGGAGGCAGCGGUAGCAGCUCCGGAGCCUUGUCCUCUCCCUUUUCCCCUUCUCUGCCAGCGAAGCGAGAGAGAAGGCGGCGGCUGGGAAGAGAAGGAGGAGGAGGCUAAAACAACCCAAGGGUUUGCCUUCUUUUCCUUUCCUUCUCUUCCUUUCUUUUCCCACCCAGCAGAAGAGAAAGACUGAGAGAAAGAGAGGGGCGGAGGAAGGAGGAGAAGAAGGAGAAGAAGGGAGUGGGAGCGAAUUGGAGCUCAGCUUCUCCCCGGUUUGCUUUUAUUUUCCCCCUUUACCAACACCAGUACCACCCCUCUUCCUUUUGUGUUUGAGGAAGGAAGGAAGGAAGGAAGAAAGGGUGAAGGGAGGAGGAGAAAGACGAGAACAAGCAGGAGUCAUGUCCAGGGGAGCUGCGCGGGGAUAAUGUGAUCGGCCCGAAGAAGGCGAGGCGACGAGGAAGAUGCUGUCGCUGAAGGUUGGCAGUGGCGCCGAAGGGCCCCCGGAGGCAGCCUCGCUUCUGGACGAGAAAAGUCUCCCCCGAAAGGCAGCUGCUGCCUCCUCCUCCGCCUCCUCCCUUUCCUCCGCCGCCGAAGGGACCGGGGCUCCGCACCACAAGCAGCCGCCGCCGCCGGCGGAUGGGAGCUCCAUUGCCUGCCAGCCUGUUGGAUUGGAAAACGGGGCCAACCUGACAGCUGAAUGGUUUCCGCGCAGCCAAGGUCCGGGGCUACGGCAGCCCAACAGUGAGGUGGAUGGCAGUGAGAGGAACUUCAGGGUGAACCUUCAUUGCAAACACGGGCGGCCCAGAGAACUCAAGUGUAACAGCAGGAGCAGCAAAGCAGAAGAUCCAGCUUCGGCAUUUGCAGACAUCCGUCCCAGCAAUUGUUCUUCCAAGAGGCAUACCAGUGAAGAUGAACUGCGGAAGCGGCUGAAAUCCCAGGGCCCACUUGUACCACCAACAGGAGGUACCAUCCACAGCUCUUCUGAUUACUCACAAGAGUCCACGUUCUACCAGGCAGAGCAUCCUGGUCAAAAGGUGUCGGCGUGUCUGGCAGAGAAAGCUUUGUCAUUCAGCAUGCUUAGUUUUCCAGAAGGCUCUUGUUCAGUAUUAGGUCGGGAGCACAAAUCUGGCUUACUUCGUCACUCUGAGACAGCUGAACGGUAUAAGAGUCUUCACACCCAGAGCAGCACCAAGACAGAGGACUUACUGCCAGCCAGCAUUCUGGGCUGCCCUGAUGAGGCCCAGGGACCGGAUGAGACAGCUACACAUGAUAGAGCUGCCAAGACCUUUUCCAAUGCCACUCUGGCUUCUGGGAGGUGUAACAUCGAUAACAUCAUUUCUCUGCUAAAGAGCAAGUGUGGCAAUGGACGUAUCAACCUGUACCCUGUGGUGCAGCUCAUUGACAUCAUGAAGGACAUCAACCGCCUCUCCCAGGACUUGAAGAGCUGUGGUGUUCACUUGGAUUGUAGCAGCCUACAGAUCAAAAGCCAUCCACCUCUCAGUGAGGAAGGGCGGGAUCAGGGGCUGCAGUACAGCUUCUACUCCUCACCCAUGCUGGCCAACAGCAUCCGUACCCCUGAGGAAGUAGCACCGCAGGGCAGUGACAAAGCUGAGCUGUCUAAACAGACCCAACCCAGCCUCUAUAUGGGAGAGUCAGAUGAGGGCACUGCAGGUGCCCAGUUUCAAGUCUGCCAGAAUAGUCCUGCUUUGAAGGCUCCUAGCAGCCUAGAUGAAGCUAGCAGCUCAGAAUCUGAUACCACUGAUUAUACUGAGCUGGCCAAUACAGAUAUCCUGAGUGAACUGGCUUCUUUGGCCCAGGUCCCAGGUCCCCAGUUGCUAGAUCAUCGGCACCCAGAGUCCCACUCCCAGUUGCUACAAAGCCAGGACCUAGAGUCAAGGUCCCAGUUAAUUGGCUCACAGACUCUGGAGCACCAGCCUCAGCUAGUAGACUCUAAGUCUCUAGAGCCUCCUCCAGAACCGCUGGCCCUACAGACUGUGGAGCCCCUGCCUGAACCUCUGGGGCUGCAGACACUAGAGCCUCUAGAGCUGCAGACGCUAGAGCCCUUGUCUGAAUCAUUGUCACUGCAGUCCCUAGAACCCCUCUCUGAGCCUCUGGGGCUCCAGGCUUUAGGCGCCCUGGACCAGCAGUUACUGGACUCCCAAGCCCAGCUUUUGGAUCCAGAGGCCCAGCUGCUAGGCACCCUGCCCAAGUUGUUAGACUCCCAGACCCAACUGGAGGCAGAGGAAUCCCUCAGAGCACACUCACUACAGCCUGGAUCACGCCUUGGAGGCUGCUCCCUUAGAGGAGCGGUGAGGCGUGGGGCUGGGCGAGGAAGGGAUGAUCACAGGAAAUACGCUCUGCGGAGAACAGAUAAACCAAAGAUACUCUGCCGCCGGAGGAGGGGAGGCCGGGGACGGCGAGCAGAGAUAGCAACUGAGACUCGAGUCCUCCCCAUGUCCCUACCAGUUGAGGUGGUGAUGGCACAACCUGAAGAAGCCAAGAUGCCCGUAGCAGCUGUACCAGCAGAUGAAGUGGUGGAACCCAUCAUUUCUUCUCUGGAAUCUGAAGAUGUCCAGAAGGCUGCUCCCACAAAUCUGCAGGCCCCAAAGCCCAAGUGCCGUGGAAUACGGAGGAUGGUGGUGAAGAUGGCCAAGAUUCCCGUCUCCCUUGGGAGGAGAAAUAAGACGACAUAUAAAGUAUCCUCCCUCAACAGCAACUUGAACCUAGAAGGCAAAGAAUUAGCAACUUGUACCUCAAUGGAGCCAACUCCGCUGCUGAAGAUGAAAAACAAUGGCCGUAAUGUGGUAGUGGUCUUUCCUCCAGGGGAAAUGCCCAUUAUCUUGAAGCGCAAGCGGGGGAGACCUCCAAAAAACCUGAUAUUGGGACCAUGCAAGCCCAAGGAGCCUACCCCAGAAGUGAAGAAACGGAGGAGAAGGAAACAGAAGCUGGCGUCACCACAACCCUCUUAUGUUGCUGACACUAAUGACAGUAAAGCUGACUAUUCAGAUGUUCUGGCAAAGCUUGCCUUUCUAAACCGCCAGAGCCAAUGCUCAGCUCGUUGCUCCCCACCCCGCUGCUGGACCCCAAGUGAGCCAGACUCCAUUCACCAGGCCCCUGACACUCAAAGCAUCUCCCACUUUUUGCACCGGGUCCAAGGCUUCCGCCGGCGUGGUGGAAAAGGAGGUGGCUUUGGGCGUGGAGGGGGGCACUCUGCUCAUUCAUCUCGCUGUUCCUUUAGUGAUUUCUUUGAAGGAAUUGGCAAGAAGAAGAAGGUGACCCCAGGAUCAGCCAUGCACGCUGACCCCAUUCACCCACGGAAGAGAGGUCGACAAGAACCAGACUCUAUGGAAAAGCCCAAGAGAAAGAGGCGAUCCCGCAAAAAUGGGGUAUUGUUUCCAGAACAGAACCCUAGCCAGAACUUCGGCGAUGGAGCUUCUGACUGGUGUGGAGACAAGGAGAGUCCUUGGAUAUCCCACCAUGGACACCUCUCCAGCCAAGCUAACAGGAAUUGCAGUUACCAAGGCACUGACUCACGGACCUUUCACUCUUCAGCACUGGAGGCAAAUUCUUCCAGCAGGACUGGUUUUUACAGUGGGAGCAAUCCAUCCUCACAAUCAGAACUAAGCCAGGAAAGACAGAAUCUUUUCACAGGCUACUUCCGCUCCCUACUGGAUUCAGAUGACUCCUCUGAUCUGCUGGACUUUGCCCUCUCAAAUACACGCUCUGAGUCACGCAAAUCCACUACCACAUACACUGCCCCUCCCAAUGCCAUUGCAACCCAGAGAGGCAUGACAUCUUACCCAGGCCGAGGAGGUAAAUCAACACCCUCCACCACCGCUACUGUCACUAUUGAAACACCCUUCCAUACGGUCAUGACAAACCGGCAGUCGUUCCCUCCCAGUAGAGCAUCUGGAUACAGCCUUUCUCAGACUGCUUCUGAAUGUCGUGGUACAGACACCUACCAGAAGCUUGUUCCUCUCUCAGCUGUGUCCAGAUCACCCACUGCUCAUUCCACAGCAGCCUCUAGCUAUGCACAGUAUGGCAACUACAGCACUGGUGGAGGGCAGAGCGUCACACCCUCUAGCUUGUUCCAGCAAGGCAAGCCAUACCAUACCACACAGGAAUGCCCCAACAACAAAGACUGCAGCUUCACCUAUGGUAGUGGCAACAGCCUGCCAUCAUCACCAAGCAGUGCCCACAGUGCCAGCUAUGCUCAACAGGCUUCCGGACCCAGCUUGCCAUUGAAUAAGGCCUCCUUCUUCAACAGCUCUGAUCCCAGCCAAUUCUCCAGCUCCUCCCACACCCCCAUGAGGUGUGAUAGUCGGGCAAGCACUGUGUCCCCAGGUGGCUACAUGGUCCCCAAAGGUUCAGUUUCUUUUCAGCCCUCCCCUGAAAACUGUCGGCAGUUUCCCAGUGCCUCCCAGUGGGCUUUCCGGCAAGGCUAUGGCAACCUAGACUGGAACUCUGAGACAUUCAGCCAGCUCUACAAUCCAGGCUUUGAUUGCCACAUCAAUGAACCCAAUGUCAUCCUGGACAUCUCCAACUACACGCCCCAGAAGGCCAAGCAGCAGACAGUCUCUGAGACCUUCUCAGAAUCUUCCUCCGACAGUACUCAGUUCAACCAACCAGCUGGCUACAGAAGGGCCAACAGCGAGGCCUCAUCUAGUGAAGGCCAAUCUAGCCUCUCUAGCCUAGAGAAGCUGAUGAUGGACUGGAAUGAUUCUUCUUCAGCCCCAGGUUACAACUGGAACCAGAGUGUCUUAUUCCAAAGCAGCUCCAAGCCAGGUCGUGGCAGGCGGAAGAAAGUGGAUAUCUUUGAUGCUCCCCAUCUGAAUUUCUCAACAGGUGCAUAUCCUUCCAAGAGAGGCACGGGAGCCAGGCAGCCACGGGGCUCUCGUGGUGCUUGUGCCUCCAGAAAAGAGAGAGGCACUGGCAAAGCGAAGUUCCCUACCAAAUCCCAGUCAGUGAACCCACCUUUUCAAGACAGUACAGAUUUAGGACUGGACUACUAUAGUGGUGACAGUAGCAUGUCCCCCUUGCCCUCCCAGUCACGGGGCUUUGGGCUCAGUGAAAGAGACCCCUGUGACUACACUGGGCCCUAUUCCAUGAACCCCUCCACGCCUUCUGAUGGCACCUUUGGGCAAGGGUUCCAGAGUGACUCCCCCGGCCUAGGGCAGGCAGACCUGGAAAGCAAGCAUUUCCCUGCUUUGCCCCACCAGCUUGCAGCCCCACCCACUCCCCAGACUGUGUUUGAAGCAAGCUUGCAGAAAGCUUUCUCACCCAACUGCUCCCCAACCCUGGCCUUCAAGGAGGACUUACGGCCCAGUGACAUCCGCAAGCUUCCAGCCUGCGACUCCCUCAAACACAGCAUGCAAGGAACUGGGGGCAUGUCCCACUCAGGGGGUGUGCAUAUGACCUGUCGGGACCUGCCUAUGUCUCAGCCACACUACGACUCGCCCAGCUGCAAAAAUCCCAGUUAUUGGUACUCUCCCACCUCGAGCACCCGCAGCCCUCCCUAUGACAACAAAGCUGGGGUUGGGAUGUUAGUGGACUUUAUGGGAAGAAGCCCAGAUGCCUCCUGCCUCAACCCCCAUCUGACCAGCCCCUCCAGCACCAACCCUUCCAAGACUGAGAAAGAGCCCAUGGACAUGGCAAGGGCUCACCACCGUGGGGCUUAUAUUUGCCCCUUGAUGAAUGACUUGAAUAUCUCCCCGGUCCCAAGAGACUCCAUGCUGCCACUCCAGGACAACUAUAGGUACCCCAGCUUUGCACCCCAAGGGCACCCCAUCAUGACUGCAGCCCAAAAGAGUGGGUUUUUGGGUCCAAUGUUAGAGCAACAUCCGGAGGACACUUUCACAGUCACCUCAUUGUAGUGUCAUCUGAAGUGCCAACUAGACAACGAGGUUUUGUUUCAGGGUAGGUACCUGGGGAAAAGGCCAGAGGGAAAUUAAAAUACUUGGGAGGAUAUCCUGGGCAUGCAAUGUAACUCACCAUCAUUCCAGUUACAGAAAGGCCCAAAGUGAAGGCUAUCUAACCUUCUUAGCAUAGAGGAGGUAAUGACAGACUGGAACAAUCCUUCUUCAAUCCCAGGUUACAUCUAUAGUCAAAGUGUCUUAUUCGACAGCAGUGACCUUAAUGAGACUUUUUUAAAUGAAAAAAAUGAAAGUCAGAAUGAUUAAAGGAAGAGAAAAUCAGGACAUAUGAAGGGAACAAGAUAGCUCUGGGGUCCUUCUUACCCCAGAUAGCCCUUGAAAGGUACCAAGAGUACUUUAGCCAGCACUUUUUCUGGAACACUUUUCAAGUUCUGUAUUUAAUGGAAGUCAAAAAACUGAUAUUUUGUUCAUUUGUUGUUUCUUUUGUUUUUCUUUUUUCUAAAAUAAAUUACAAUGGAAAAAAGGGGGGAAGGAAAAGAGGGGAAAGGAAGAAAGGAUGAAAAAGAAAAGAAGAAAGGAAGAAAAAAUAUAUUUAAAAAAAUAAAGAAAAAAACUUGCUUUAUUUGAGAACAGCAUGGAGGUGAUUUUUUAACCAGACUGUGUCGUCAGCCCUUCUACCCACCCUUCCCACCCCAUCCAGCAAAAAGACAAUCGAAUGGUUACAGCCACCACCCAGGCAGAGUGUGAGAGCAUGAGGUUCCCAUGUUCCUUCUCACCAGUCAGCCACCACGUAUGGCAUGCGUAUCGCGAAACACUGGAAGGCAACAGACAACAACCAAGUAUGGCCAUGGGAAAGCAGACAUUUAUUUUUCCUUCUUUUGGCAAGGGAGAGGGAAUGGUGGAAGAUAAUGGUUUAAUCUGUAAACUCAAAUGAAAACUCAGUAAUGAAGACUAAAGACUUGGCAUUUUUCCACCUCCUCAUCUCCCCACCUGCUUCUCUUGUGCAGGUUUCUUUUUUUUCCCCCCCCCCCCCUCCAGUUUGUUUGUUUGCAUUUUUUAAAAAAUAUUUUUGUUGCUUAAUUUUCUUGGAGAGCCCUUUUGCAAAUCUGUGAAUGGAUCUUGGAAACACCAUCAUCUCCCAUUUCCAUGAUCAAGAGGAAGAAGACCCUCCCCACCAACCACCACUGGCUAUGCUUUUGGCACAAACUGGAGCUGCUCUUGACAUUGCUUCUUAGCAGGGGCAGGAUAGGAAAAAGUGGGCGUUCCAUCAGAAAAUUCCUCAUCCACUUAGAAAGCCCAUCAAGAAGACAGACGUGUUGCCUUUCCUACCCUGUCUCCUUCCUCUCUGUAUUACUGAGCCCCUCUGUGUUAUUGCCUGUCCUACCCUUCCUUGCCCUCUCCCCCCAUAUCUGUCACUGAAAUGCUUUUGUCUCCUCUAUUGAAAAGCAAGUUGUGGGUGGGAAGAGCGGUCAUAGGGGCUUUUCUUUCUGCACAAAACCAGCAAUUGUAAAUACUUUUCAAAAAAAAAAUUUAAAAAUGAAAAAAAACAAUACAAAAGAACAAUUGCAAUGAAAACACACACACACACACACACACACACACUGUUUCCUCCCCAAAAAAUCAGAAAUAAAUGUUUUUUAAGACAAAAAAGGGACAAAAAAAUACAAAAAAAAAAAAAAAAGAAUCCAGACAAAGUCAAGGCAGGAGAGAAGCUAAUUGUGUCAGGUAUGCACUGAGAAAUCUAUUUGCAGAUUGACAAAAAGUAACAAGAACCUAUUUAUUGUAGAUAAUGUUUUAUUAUAAAUCGUGUAUUGUAUAUUGCAUCUGUA